AUGGCCUCGAUUACAGCACCAAUAUCGAUAGCAGACCCCGCACCAGAUGAGAACACAGACCCGUUGGCCGCGGAGAACAGUGCGCAUUCCUCACCUCAAAAGCGCGUCCGACCCGCGACGUCGAGUCUAAGGUCACCUCUGGUUCGCGAACGGCUCCUACGUGAAACGACAAUGUCUGCAACACCACAGCCUCGGACGCCUACUGGAGGGCGCAGGAUUGUUGUUAGAGUUCGAAACAACCCACUACCAGCCAAUUUGGAAGUAGGGAAAAACAUCUUUCGCCCUCCAAUGAAUUGUUCAUCUAGUAGGACCUCGCCAAAGAAGGAUGCAACUGGGGUCAGGGACAGUACGGCGGAGAACACAAAAGAAGUGACGACGCCCACGAAAGUUCGGUCAACCAGUCCCCUGAAAAUGAUGAUCACCAUGAAGCCGAGCCCCGCGAGAGUCGCUGUCAGUACGCCACCAAAAGCCACCGCCCCGAGGCACGAAUUUCGAACCGGAUCUCCAACAAAAAAGCCGUCGAGUCUCAAGAAAAACCGAAGCGCCAGAAAGCAGGGUUCUGAUAAGUCCUUAUUAGAGACCCCUUUGAAAGACGGAAGACCGGAAACACCCAAGCACGAACGGCCUUGCAGUCCAGUGAAGCGCACGAUUGAGCUAGACUCGCCCACCUCAUCUGUUGAUAUGAGCCCGGAUCUGGCCAGAAAUCUAGUAUCACAUCCCAAUCACUUGCUCCGGAUGCUCUCAGGGUGUCUAGCAGACGCUACCAUGGACGACGAUUCAGCAGCGAUACCCGUCAGACGAGCUAUCCCCAAUCCGAGCGAAUACUUUACGCCAAUCAAGAAAACACGACAGCCGGUGAACUUGCAGCCGAGAAACAUUGGUGAUAACACGGCAAACCGAGGAAGCAAUAAUAACAGUCCGGCUUUCGACUGGCCAUUUUCUCCAGGCGUAGAAAGGAAUCUUGCUUCGCCUACGCCUACGCCGCUACGCAAGGCCUCUGAGAAGCUUCAACUGGUGGGGUCAGGUUCUUAUGAGAGGAUCCCGGAAGAUGGUGCUCCAUGUGUACCGGAUGUUGCUGCAAGACUCAACUUUGAGAAGGAGUUGUCUUCGAUUCUGCCUUUGCAGGGGCUGGAGCAGAUUGUCAACAUGUCACCUGAAGUGCAGCCCACUCAACUCCUAUCAGAGUCUGGCAUGGAUUGUUUCACCUACAAGAUACAAGAAUCACAGACAUCUCAGUAUUCGUCGUCGUAUUUUCCGAACACGAAACGACAACGCGACACAAGGGCGGAUUCGGGGAAGCAAAUUGAGUGGAAUGAUGCAAACGAGGAUAAUUCAGAGAACUCCGAGACACAAACUGCUGGCCCGGACGAGCACGUAGAGCCGAGUCUCGACAUAUCAAUGGAAUUGGAGAAAGAAACGGAUAACGCAAAGACGACUUCUUCGAGUAUCCCCACCCCGACACUUUGCGCACCUGUCAACUUGAGCGAGUUGCUACCGAUUCCGAGCAGCGAAUCCAUUAGAGACCGACAAGACACAAGUAGCUUGGACAUGAAUGGAAAGUCCGCAACACCCAAAAAGUUCAACUAUAACAUGUCGUCCCUACCAAGAAUCAAGACAAACUCUCCAAACAAAAUAGCCUCGACAAAGCUCCCCAGCAAAUCCACAAUACCACGAUGUCAAUCCAGCGGCUACUUCUCAAACCAGCCAAAAGACGCUCAUCCCCUCACAACCGACUCCCUAAGCCUCAAAACCACAAGUCCUCACAAGACAAAAGGCCCAGCAGGCACCCUAUCCCACAAGCCCACCAAAUCGACAACCACCACCACCACCCCCAUAAAAACCGCCUCCACCCUCCCCCGCCUCACCCGCACCUCAACAAAGCAACCCACUCCGCGUCUCCCCGCCACCUCCCCCUGGAAACUCUCUAGCCCCUUCGCCACCCCUCCUCAACCCUCCAAACGCCCCUUAUCCCUCCACCUCGGCUCGACCCCUCUAAAACAAAACCCCCGGACGACCCCGAAGCCCCCGCGUCCUCUCUCCCUGGUAUCCCCCAGAAAAUUACCGUUAUCAUCUACGCGCCCAGACAAUGGAGGAGGGGCCAUGACGCUACCCAGCCGCUCACCCGUGAAGAGUGAAAGGGAAGCAAUAGAUGAUACGACAAUGGAAGAGAAACUCGAAGUGAGCAAAUCAACAACACCCGAAUCAACUCCACCCACCACACUCUUCCUUCCUGCUCCCACACCCCCGCGCAUCCCUUCCAUACCGUCAACUGCAUCGCCCACGCGGCCAAGGCGUCGCCAACGCCGUCCCGCCGCACUCUUCAUUCCUGUACCCGCUCCUUCUUCUCUCAACCCUGCUUCAGCGCCGGGCCAAUCGCGCGCGCAACCGUAUCUCGCACCGCAAGACACUGAUCGAAACGCCCUCCGUACGCCCAGCAAGACUAUCCUGCAUAGUCUCGACAAGGCGAUUGACGAGAAGAUUGCAGAGGACGCGGCGAGGGGGGUUGUGGUUACGGCGGGGGGAAAUCGGGUUAGGGAUUUGUUGGAGGCGAGGAAGGUACGGGGUACGAGGGGUUGA